GCCUGAUCUGAGUGGUACGUAUUUCUGUCUUUUGAACUUUUCUGUCUUUUCGUUUGAUUUAUCUAGACUUCAUCACUGUUUGUUUAUUUUCGAAGUUUAAAUAAUUGUUAGGCUUGCCAUUCGGAAAACCGGAAACCCAUCUUUACCAUGUCCAAGGUGCCAUCGUUUUUGAGUGCAUCGGGAAAAAUCCAUCGCAACUGCAUCUCCGGCGUUUAUCCAGCAUCGAAAACAGAAAGGCAGACAGUCUCUGAAGAGAAAGUAAAAUGGAAUUCCCCUUUUCCGGACUAUAAUCCUCCAAAUUAUACUUCCGACAAGCUAAAAAAAGCUCCCUACGCGGAUCCUGAAAUUGGUGACAAGGAAUUCCAGCCUCGCUGGAAUGCACAAGACGGUCUAAUUAACCGGAAAAGCCACGAAGGCGAUUAUUUGGUUGUUGAUGAAUAUCCACAGAAUCCAGUGGGCAGAACAGGCUUGCGAGGGCGUGGGAAGCUUGGCCGAUGGGGACCAAAUCAUGCCGGUGAUCCCAUUGUGACACGGUGGAAAUCGGACAAGCAUGGAACCACUCAUUCCGACAGCCAACGAGGAAAGCGUAUUUUGCAGUUUGUGUCGAUACAGAGAGGUGACAGUGGAGAAUGGGCUUUUCCCGGUGGUAUGGUAGAUCCAGGUGAGAACGUGGAGGAGACAAUCAGACGGGAAUUCAAGGAGGAGUGUAUGGACUCGGAACAGCUGACGGAGGAUGAAAAGUCAACCAAUAAAAACUUGGUGGAACAGUUUUUCAAAAAUGGGCACGAGGUUUAUCGUGGUUAUGUUGACGACCCAAGGAAUACGGACAAUGCGUGGAUAGAAACUGUAGCUGUUAACUACCAUGAUGAAACUGGUUCAAAUUUGGGAACUCUAACUCUGAAAGCUGGUAGUGAUGCAAAAAAUGUACAGUGGAAAGACGCGACUGCGGAUCUCAAGCUGCAUGCAAACCACUCAGAAAUUCUGCAGAAAGUGGUAGAGCGACUUGGGGCGCAGUGGUGAAAAAUUUUUUGCGCAUACCGGAUGGGUUAUUUUUUUGUGAUCGAUAGUUCGAAAAGUUUUUAGCAUCUCGGCAGUGAUGACACCGAUGCGCUUUUUUUGGCUUUUCCUGUUGUUAAUUUGGAGAUUUUACAAUAACGGCUGGUUUAACUCUGUGGUUAUUACUCCAUCUGAUAUUUUAUUUCGAUACCUGCCUAUAGGCUAUUCGUAACGGGAAAGUUUUAUGGGGUUUUCAUGAGUAAAUUUAAUGAUGCUACAA